CUGUUAACCGCUCCUACACACACAUCCUUGUCUCCCCUCCCUGUUGCAGACUCCCAGCUCUGCCCUCUCUGCCCCUCCCCAGAGAAGUGUCCGGCUCCUCCCGGGGCAGCAGCCCUCAGCUCCUUCCCUGCCCACCUACUAUGAGGAGCAGCUCCUCCCACCUGCCCAUAAAAGACAAGCGCAUGUUACCAGAAACGAUCAGCGCACUUUCCCCGGUCCUCUCCGUGGGAGCCCGAGAGCCUGUCUCCCUGACCUUAGGAGCCCAAGGACCUUGGACCUUUCCUAACCUGCCUCUGCUAACACAGAACCAUUCUCUGGGCACCUCAUUCUAAGGUCAGAAUUCUCAGAAAGGAUUUUUUUUGCAAGUUCUCAUAAUCCACACUCUCAGUUUGGACAGCAGCUGUCCUGAAAGUAAAGCAACACCCAGUGAAGAAGCAGAAACCAGCCCCGAGGGUGCCAGAGGAAGGCACAAGCAAGGACACUGGUCCUCAGUUCUAAAGGCCAGCCAACUUUAAAUGUGAUGGCUGUACCACCUGGUCCUCUGCAGCUGCUUGGAGUGCUACUCACCAUUUCCCUGAGUUCCAUCAGGUUUAUUCAGGCUGGUGCCUACUAUGGGAUCAAGCCGCUGCCACCUCAGAUUCCUCCUCAGAUGCCACCGCAAAUUCCACAAUACCAGCCUCUGGGCCAGCAAGUACCUCAUAUGCCUCUGGGCAAAGAUGGCCUUGCCAUGGGCAAAGAACUGCCUCACAUGCAAUAUGGCAAAGAGUAUCCACACUUACCCCAAUAUAUGAAAGAGGUUCAACCAGUGCCAAGGAUGGGCAAGGAAACAGUACCCAAGAAAGGCAAAGAAAUACCAUUAGCCAGUUUACGAGGAGAACAAGGUCCCCGUGGAGAACCUGGCCCAAGAGGCCCACCUGGACCCCCUGGUUUACCAGGUCAUGGGAUACCAGGAAUCAAAGGAAAACCAGGGCCACAAGGCUAUCCAGGAGUUGGAAAGCCAGGUAUGCCUGGAAUGCCAGGGAAGCCUGGAGCCAUGGGAAUGCCCGGGGCAAAAGGUGAAAUUGGACCCAAAGGGGAAAUUGGGCCUAUGGGGAUUCCAGGACCACAAGGACCUCCAGGGCCUCAUGGACUUCCUGGCAUUGGGAAGCCUGGUGGACCAGGAUUACCAGGACAGCCAGGUGCAAAGGGUGAUCGAGGACCCAAAGGACCACCAGGACCUCCAGGCCUCCAGGGACCUAAAGGAGAGAAGGGCUUUGGGAUGCCAGGCUUGCCAGGUCUGAAGGGCCCUCCAGGAAUGCAUGGCCCUCCUGGCCCUGUUGGACUACCAGGAGUGGGAAAACCAGGAGUCACGGGCUUCCCUGGGCCCCAAGGACCCCUAGGGAAGCCAGGGCCUCCAGGGGAACCUGGCCCACAAGGACCUAUAGGGGUGCCAGGUGUUCAAGGACCCCCUGGGAUGCCUGGACUUGGAAAACCAGGACAGGAUGGAAUCCCUGGUCAGCCAGGAUUUCCAGGUGGCAAAGGGGAGCAAGGAUUGCCAGGGGUGCCAGGACCCCCAGGCCUUCCAGGAGUUGGGAAACCAGGUUUUCCAGGGCCCAAAGGUGACAGGGGUAUGGCAGGUAUUCCUGGGGCUCUUGGACCCAGAGGGGAGAAAGGGCCAGUAGGUGCCCCUGGAAUAGGGGGUCCACCAGGAGAGCCAGGUCUGCCUGGAAUCCCUGGCCCUAUGGGCCCUCCAGGUGCUAUUGGUUUUCCUGGGCCCAAAGGAGAAGGUGGGAUUGUAGGACCUCAAGGUCCACCAGGACCUAAGGGUGAGCCAGGGCUUCAAGGAUUCCCAGGAAAGCCAGGUUUCCUUGGUGAAGUAGGGCCUCCAGGCAUGAGAGGUUUGCCAGGUCCCAUAGGGCCUAAGGGAGAAAUUGGCCUCAAAGGAUUGCCAGGGCUCCCUGGUGUUCCAGGGCUGCUUGGACCCAAGGGAGAACCAGGUAUCCCAGGAGAUCAGGGUCUCCAGGGACCUCCAGGUAUCCCGGGAAUAGUAGGCCCUAGUGGCCCCAUUGGGCCACCUGGAAUUCCAGGCCCGAAAGGGGAACCAGGGCUCCCAGGACCCCCUGGAUUCCCUGGUAUUGGAAAGCCUGGAGUUGCAGGGCUUCAUGGGCCCCCAGGGAAGCCCGGUGCCCUUGGUCCUCAAGGCCAGCCUGGCCUUCCAGGGCCCCCAGGACCUCCAGGACCACCUGGUCCCCCAGCUAUGAUGCCUCCUACACCACCUCCCCAGGGUGAAUAUCUGCCAGAUAUGGGGGUAGGAAUUGAUGGUGUGAAACCCCCCCAUGCCUAUGGAGCUAAAAAAGGCAAGAAUGGAGGGCCAGCCUACGAGAUGCCUGCAUUUACUGCAGAGCUGACAGCACCCUUCCCGCCGGUGGGGGCCCCAGUGAAGUUUGACAAGCUGCUCUAUAACGGCAGACAGAACUACAAUCCACAGACGGGCAUCUUCACCUGUGAGGUCCCUGGCGUCUACUACUUUGCUUAUCAUGUUCACUGCAAGGGCGGCAACGUGUGGGUUGCUCUCUUCAAGAACAAUGAGCCUAUGAUGUACACAUAUGAUGAAUACAAAAAGGGCUUUCUGGACCAGGCAUCUGGGAGUGCCGUGCUGCUGCUCAGGCCCGGAGACAGGGUGUUUCUCCAGAUGCCCUCAGAACAGGCCGCGGGACUGUAUGCUGGGCAGUAUGUCCAUUCCUCCUUUUCAGGAUAUUUAUUGUAUCCCAUGUAAAAAAUGAAAAGAAAGAGAUUUAAUAGAAGAAAAAACAAGACAUCAAAAAUACAAAUGAAAAAACACAAUUGCUUCAAAACAUUUAUAUAGUUGGAAAGUUAUAUUUAAGUGAAAAUUUGGAUCAUCUUGUACAAAUAAAAACUAAGAUGCAUGUUUAAUACUCGGCACAGCAGCUUGUAAUUGAAAAUGAUGAGACAGAUUUAUAUAUCAAGUACUGACACUUAUGUUGUACCCACUGGAAUCAUGUUAGCUGUUGUAUGUUAUGUGCUUCCAUGAUAAUCUUCUUAUUCAGAUCAGUCAAAAUAUGUCAGUAUGAAAGAUCAUAGCUAAUGAAAAUCACCCACUCAUAUUGUUUCUUUUAAAGUAUUUAUAAAUUUGCCUUAAAGAAAUGUCAACAAUGACAUACUGUUUUUACUUGUAUAAUUUUCUCUCCAUCGGUGCAGAUGUUUUGCCAUGGGAAGUAUGUGUGGCAGGGGCAGGGUAUUUGUAAUGUUACUGUCUCAGUAGGAGAUUGGGGACCAUGGAAAAAUUGGUAGUGUUUAGUCCAAAGGAUAUUUCUCUUCUGUUAGAGGCUGUCUUUUAUCAGUAAGAGUCAAAACUGUGUCAGGGGCUCUCUGAAAGAACUGAUGAACCAGUCAACCAACAUAUAUGUACUCAGCACCCACUCCGUGCAGAGAGCACUGACACGUGAGAGUAUGGCCUAAGCUCACAAGGAGCUAACAAAUCAGCUGGAAGACAUGAGUACUGGUUAAUUCAUUCGUCAAGGGUUUCUUCCCCCCACCUCCACCCCGUGCUUCUUUUUCUUUUUCUCCUUCUAUGUAAUUUCUUUCUACCAUGAUCCUAUCCAUAUAAAUAUCAGGAAGUUACAAGAAAAACCAAGUAACCCUUCCUCUACAGCAUAAUUUGCUACUUUUGUGGAAUAUUUGUUCUGAAUAGCAGAUACUGUGUUUAAAAGCAUUAAAAUUUCCUUUGUCUCUACACAUGAAUGACCAGAAUGAGGUGUUAAUCAUGCAGAUAUCAAUAUUUUUUAGUAGCUCUGAAUUGAAAUUUCCUUCAUUAGUAGGACUGCAAACUGACCUUCUAAAGUCAGUUCCCAAUGUCCAAACCAUUUUUUAUUUUUUAUUUUUAUUUUUUUAUUUGGGAGAAAAAUCAGAAUUCAUAGGAAAAUAAAUUUGCACUUAAGAAAGAAUUAUGAAAUUUGACACUUAAAAAUAUUUAUCAUGUUUCAGGUGAUGGUACUAGAAUUGUAGGAAAAUAUGCUUUGGUUUGUUUUGUUUUUUCAGCAACAACUUUUGGAAGAGACAGCUGAAGUAUAAAAGGGUUAGAAUACCCUGUGUCUUGUAUGUCACCCCGUACUCAGCACAAAUCAACAACUAAAAAAGUUUUGACCGAAAAAAAUAAAUAUUUUCUGGAUUUUUCACUCAGGCACAUACUAAAUAGCAUUGCUCAAAAUACAAGUCCACUGUUACCUACCACAGACACGAUAAGCCUCUUGAGAAAAUACAAUGGGGCUAUGGUAGUAAAUAUUUUACAUUUUUAUUAAAAAAACUGAUGAAUAAGGAUAUAGAUAUAGAUGUAAAAAUCUACAAAUAAAUACUAUGUUAAAAUACAUGGAAAUGUGUCUAUGUCAAAUCAGAAGCAGUGGUAGAGCUCUUACUUAGCAUGCACAAGACCCUGGGUUAAACACCAGCAGUACCAAAAAACAAAAACAAAAACAACCUCAUUUUUACUACCACAAAAAUUCUUGGUCAUUACUGCAAGAUUUCCUAUUCACUGAUGAUUAUAUAACACAGUUUUCCCAUCAAAAAGAUCUCCUAUUCAACCUUCAUUUUCAAAGCAGGCAGUAUUUAUGUGGCCAGGGUAUCCUUUGAUUUGAUUUGAGGUUUCUGGUUUUGGUCUGAUGACUACAGACGUAACAUGGAUCUCUCCUGCUAAAUAGUUGCAUGAAAUGACUCGGAAGCAUUUAAGGCCAAGUGAUUCAUAAAACUGUAUUUAUCUGUACAUGUAUGGACUAUUAAUUUCCAACAAAAGAGAAAUUACCUUUUUAAUUAAAAUCAAGUUUCACUUUUCAAAAUAUCUUCCAACUUAUUUAUUGGUUGUUGCUCAAUUGCCUAUAUAUAUAUGCUUCUAACUUUUAGAUGGAGGAGGAGCAAAAUCUAUGCCAGAUACUGUGUAUUCUACAAUGGUGCUAAUCUCAGAGCUACAUGAUACUCCAUUUAAUUUAAAAAGAGUUUUAAAUAAUUAUAUGUGUACCUGUUUCCCUUUUGAGAGAUGCACAUUGUACUAACACAUCGUAUAAAAGCAGAUGAAACAUCCACAUGUUCUAAAGUCUAGGAAUAGUAGUGUAAUCCAUAUUUAAUUCAAAAUAAACUAUAACUUUUCCAUGUAAAAUGGACCAAAUUAUCAAAAUUGUUAUUUAAAGAGUUAUAAUGCGAUAUGACAUCUACAGGGGAAAGAACGUCUGUAAUAGGUGACUGUCCUCAAAUAUUUUACAGACUACAAUGAAUGAUGAACAUACUGGUUACUUGUUUGAGUUUCCAUUAUAGAUUUGAGAUAAUGAUAAAUCAUUUUUGUAUUUAAAUUUUUGUACUGAUUUGAGAAAAAAGUCAUUAAAUACUUUUAAACAAUG